AUGUGUAGCAAGGUCCACUUGAUCCUGGUCCAGGAGCACGCGUUGCGCCAGGACAGGAUUCUCCAUGCCUACUGUCGCCACGGAGCCCUGGGAGUGUUCAGCGUCUACUCGCGUUACUGGGUGACCAGUGUUGGGCUGGGGGCCGAGAAUGUGAGGCUGCGCAAGCAGCUAGAGAACCUUGUGCUCACGCGCGGAUUACCCUUCAUUGCGGGUGGCGAUUUCAAUUUCACGCCAGGCGAAUUUCAAGCCGGUCUGGAGCCACGCCGCUUCGGAGCAGACCUACUUUUCGACCCAGCGGUGCCGACGUGCCACAUCAGCGAUGCACGGCGUGCCCUGGACUACUUCGUCGCUAGCAGGACUUUGGCAAAAGCCCUCCUUUCGGUGGCCACGGACCUUGACGGCGAUGCGCCUCCACGCCACUCGGUGGACCUCCAUUUGAGAGCAGAGCAUUUCUUUGUGCAGUUCGAGCGCCUGUGCAAGCGCGAAGUCACGCCAGUGCCCAGACCAGUUGGGCCAUGCCGCCCGCCGCCAGACUAUUCCGAGAUGGCGCCCGCGACGCAACAGGCCCUGGAAAGUUUUAAUGAUUUUGAAAGUCAUGUUGAUAUUCAGCCCGGGAACCUCAGCCCCGCCUACCGCGCCCCCACUCCGGUUGAAAAGAAAGCUACUGCCACGUGCGAAAUUAAACAAUACACGGCGCCGGGCACCACUGAGAUCAGCCUAGUCCAAGACGAGGACCUCACCAUCCAUAUUGACGAUGUCACGACGUCGGUGGCCAUGCCGACCGUAGAGUCCUGCCUGAACAGCCUUGCAAGUCUCGCGGGGCAGGUGUUCGACCUGCUCACCAACAAAUUGGAGCCCCCCAUUGCCUUGCAGACCAUGCAGUUCACGACCAACUCCCACGACGUGGCCAAGCUAGCCCCCCAGGCCCUGGGUAAAUAUGGACACGCUGUCUCGGGACACGCGGUCAACCUCGGGGUUGCGGACCUCUUCGGCGAAGACCUCCAGAGGCUCCGGCAGCUCUCCCGCGCGGCCUCCGCGCCCGCCCAGCGCCUCGGCCCGCUGGCGGAGAAAGGCUGGGGUCACAUCUCCAGCGAGUGCGCCACGGCCACGUACGGCAAGGACAUCUUUUUCAUGAGGUCCACCCUCAACGGGGAGCAGGUGGAGAUCGGCGCCCUGGUGUCCGUCAAGGUCACACUGGCCGCGAAGGGGCCCCAGGCCGAGAGCGUGAGGUUCUUGCCGGCUGGCGCCAUCGGCUCACAGGUCUUCUCCGGAGAGGUGAAAUCGUACACGCAGGAGAAGGGCUGGGGCUUCGUUUCCGGACCCGAGGUGCUCGACGUUUUCGGCAAAGACAUAUUCCUGCACAAGCAGGAGCUGGGUGGCAUAACCCCCAACGUCGGCGACGCCGUCCAGUUCACUGUUGAGGUCUCCAACAAGGGCCAGCUCCAGGCUAAGAACGUCGUGAUGCCUAACGGGGCAAGCGGCGGUGUGCCCUUCGGCGGGGUCAUGCAGCCGCCACCGACAGCGGCGGGCUACUCCCCGUACUGA